UCUUCGAUUAAUUCUAAUGGCGGAGUUUUCUGGCGAUGGCGCGCCUCCUCCUGCACAGAAUCGCGAUGUUUCAUCGGUUUUCUCCGAGUUUGAGCUCAAGAGCGAUGCGUUUGUGCCGAGGAGGAUCAAGCAGGAAUCCAGCCCCUCCAGCCUUAGGACUUACAAAAGGAGUUCUUCGAAUGUCCAUAGCCAGAGGGCUUCCAAGCGUGCAUUUGUAAAAGUCUCUUACGAGGGAAAUUGUGACGAUGGCAAUCAAGCUAUGGAUUUAAAGAAGAAAGGAGAGCCUCCAAAGUGGAAAGAAGUUUUGGAAGGGAUACGCAAAAUGAGAGCUUCUGAGGAUGCCCCAGUCGACUCCAUGGGAUGCGAGAAAGCUGGAAUCUCUCUUCCACCAAAGGAGCGAAGAGUUGCAGUUCUCAUAUCUGCGCUGCUCUCCAGCCAGACUAAAGACGAAGUAAACCAUGGUGCGAUGAAGCGGCUUUCGGAGCGGCACUUGUUGUCGAUGGAAGAUCUCUCCAAAGCCGAAGAGUCGACAAUCAGAGAUGCGAUCUAUCCGGUUGGCUUCUAUGCGAGAAAGGCCAGUUAUCUCAAGAAAGUCGCGGCACUGUGCCUGGAAAAGUACCAAGGAGACAUUCCUAAAACGCUCAGUGAACUCCUCGCUCUUCCUGGAAUCGGCCCAAAGAUGGCUCAUCUGGUGAUGAACGUCGGCUGGGAGAGCGUGCAUGGCAUUUGUGUCGACACUCACGUCCACCGUAUCACAAACCGGCUGGAAUGGGUCUCACAUCCAAAAUCAACAUCCAAGAAACGCUUGGACACGAAAACUCCAGAGGAGACGCGGAUCUCGCUAGAGUCGUGGCUGCCGAGGGAAGAAUGGGUUCCGAUCAAUCCAUUGCUGGUUGGAUUUGGUCAGACCAUUUGCACUCCACUUCGUCCUCGCUGUGGCGACUGCUUGAUUAGUAACUUGUGUCCGGCAGCGUUUAAGCACAAGGGAAGCAAGAGCUAGAACAAGUUCUUCGCGUUAUAAUCAAGCAAAACUAAAACUUCCGGAGGUACUUAAAGCUACUUUCUUUGUUUCAUAUGGAAAGAGCAAACAAACAACGCUUCCGCGCCAAGGCUGGAGAACUCUUUCCAGUGUUCUUCCAUUCCCGGCCGAGGUUGCCAGACUUUCCUUCUUCUUCUUGCUUCCAUGGAGAUGGAAAAGAGAGAUGGAGCUCCUCUCUUUCUCUCUCUCUCCAUCGUGUAACCACCCCUCUAGCGAUGGAACACCGCUUAUUCCGUC